UGCAAGGUUGAGCGUCCUAUACAGGGUUAAUUGAAGUACAAUUUAUUUUGAAAGUUUCUUCUAACGGUUAUUUAUAGGCAUUGCCGAAAAGCGUAAACUAAGGAUUGUUUUCAUAGAUUUAUCUUUUCAUCUCUCAUUUAGCGUAUAUUUUUUGAUAAAUAUGUGUGUUUUUCAUGGGAUUUCGUGUAGAUCUUCUAACCGCGUGAAUUAAUUUGAAUGAUAAAUGAAGUGUUGCUUUUACUGCUUGUUCUUUGCUUCUAGAUUUUGUUUUCUUUGUUUUGAUUCUCUAGAAUGGGUCCCAAACGCAAUGUUAAAGUCAAUAAAAGAGGGAGACCUCCAAUGAAGCAAGUCCCGUCGCAGAAAGUGGUUUUUGCUAAGAAGUCUCAAGUGAAAAAACAGGAAGUAAAGAAAAGAGGGCGAAAACCAAAACAAGCUGUUGUUUCUAAAAAUGAAAACUCAAAACCUAUUAGUCUUGAAGAUAUUGUGAAAGUCGGUAAUGUUUCAACUUGUGAUAUAUGUCAGGGUGUGUGGUUUUCAAAGGAGUUAUUUGAAAAGCAUUUACUCACAUGUAGACUUCCGGAACAAGUUAUUUCUUCUGGUAAAGGAUCCACAUCUGCUACUGAUUCUCUUGUUACUUCAAAAAGUAAAAAAAGAAAUAAUGACCAAGGAAUUGAAGAUGAUGUGGCUGCCAUUACAAAUGAUAUAACUGAAAUAUAUGCUUCUCCUUUGAAGAAAAGAAAGAAAUUUGAGAAUGAAAAUGAAAAUGAUAAUGUGAAAAAUAGUGGUAAAAAUGGAAAUGAUGGUCUUCAGUUCUCAAUGUCAAAUAAAGUUCAGUCUCUCUUAUUUGCUUCUAAAUCUCAGCCUGAGCAAUCUGAAAUUGAAAGAGCAGCAGCUAAACUUGAUAGCUAUAGGCCCUCAGAUAAUCAAGUCUCAAUAUCUGCCUCAAAUUUAAGGAAAAAUAUUGCAUCCUCUAUGUUAAAAAGCAAAACACCAGAAGAACCACAUGUUUCACGUCCAACUCGAAGCUCGGCCCAAACUUCGGUUUUGGAGUCUCCAAAAUCUACUUCUGUUGUAAAAUUUGCUAGGAAAAGUAAGCCUAUUCCUAUUGUUGAAGAAACCAUUCCUGGAAAUAAUAAAAUAGUUACUUCGGUUGAAGUACAUCAGAAUGAUGUAGACCAUCCUUCUCAAAAAAGAAUAGUGGAUUCAGGUAAGAAAAAAGCUCAAACAGAAUCUGUUAUACAGACUGCAACUCCAAGAAGUGGCAGAAGUCGUAGAUCGCAAGUUCAAGAAAAAAUCAAUCAAGAAAAUGCUUUAGAUAGUAUUACCGUUCAUAGCAGCACAGAUAUUGAAAUUGAUAAUCAGGAUAAGAGUAGUGAAGGCCAAUCUACGGUAUCUGAUACUAUUGCCAGUAUUGUUGAUGAAGUAAACCUUAUUAAUAAGAUAAAGGCCCCUCAAAGAGGACGUCGAGGUCGAAGACCCAAACAGAAAGUUAAUGGUGAAAUAAAAAAGGGCAAUUCUCAGUCUUUAGAAACUCAAACUCGAGGUAAUGAAGAUGUCAAUGAAGUGAAAGCGGUUGUUGUAAAAAGUGGCAGAGGUCGCAAAGCACAACAGAAAGAACAAAUAAUUAUUCCAGAUGCUAUUGAAGAUCAUGAUGCCCCAGAUGAAAAUAUUGAUGAGGAAAGCGAAAAUAUAUCUAGUGGAAAUGAACAAAGAAAUGAAGCAUCAAAAAGUACAGUUUCCUCGAGUAAUGAAAACAGUGUGCCUUGUGAGAAACAGGUCGAUUCCCAGGAUUCAAAUGAUCUUACUUUUUCUGAAAAUAAUAUUGAUCCAGGAGUUACAACUAACAGCACAAAUACAAAUGAACAUAUUCCAUUUUCUCAAAAUACAGUGUUUUUAACUCCUUUACAGCCUGUUAAAGAAGAAGGUCCAUUGGAAGAAGUUGACAAAGAGGAAAAGGAUGCUUUACUUACAGUAAUUUUUGGUGAAUCUACAAAUGGUGACAAUGAUAAUGCUGAUGAUCCUCCUCCUAGUACCAGUAAAACUUCACAAAAAGCUUCUAGUUCUACUAAUGUUUCUAAAGAUUCUAAUGGAAUUACAUUUAAUUGUGCUGUUUGCCAGCGAUCUUUCACUAGAAAGUAUCAUCUUGAUCGACAUCUGAAAAUUUCAAAAUGUUCUGGUCUUCCACUACCAUCAUUUCCAUGCGAGCUUUGCAAUAGAGUUUACACUCGAAAGGAUAACCUCCGAGAGCAUCUUCGUUCACACACUGGUGAGGUGCACAGGAGAAAGAACCAUAAAUGUCAGUAUUGUGACAAGGCAUUUCAUGGUCAAUCACUUCUUGCUAUUCAUGUUAGGAAGCAUACUGGUGAAAGACCAUUUGCUUGUGAUUUUUGUCCUAAGCGAUUUCCAUCCACGGGUGCAUUGACAAAACAUCGUAUGACUCAUACUGGAGAAAAACCAUACUCUUGUAAUGAAUGUGGUCGUCGAUUCACUUUAAAAGGCACAUUAAGUCGUCAUUUGAGAACUCAUACUGGUAUUAGGCCACAUACAUGCAACUUCUGUGGAAAGAAAUUCAUUCAAAUUGGAGGUUUGAAUGCCCAUAUGUUUUAUCAUACAGGAGAAAAUGGAUUCAAAUGUGAUGACUGUGGUAAGGUUUUCAAUCGCAAAGCUCGACUACAAAUGCAUCAACUCUAUGUCCAUAUAAAGUUAAAGCCAUUUGUCUGUGAGCAUUGCAGUAAGCCUUUCACUCGCAAAGAAGAUCUAAAUCGCCAUUCUGUGUUGCAUUCUGGAGAAAAACCAUUUAAAUGUCCUACAUGUGAUCGUCGCUUUUCUGUUAAACCGUCCUUAAAACUUCAUCUUUUGACACACACUAAAGAGGAGCCUCGUUCUUGUCAUGAGUGUGGUCGAGCAUUUAUCCGAAAAGACUGUCUGCUGCGUCACAUGAGAAAACGACAUCGAGAUGUCUUCGACAAAUUAUUGUUUGAUGAAAAGGAUGAGAAAGAUGCCAGUCUUGUGAACACCAGAGUCCUCAGUGAGAAAGACCUUACCGAAAAUAUUCGUGAGCUGUUAUAUUUGUUGAUUGAUGAGCCAACACUUGUUGGGUUUGGUUGGCCAGAUAAACCAGUAGAUGAAGUUCUGGAGUUAGUUAUCCAGCGUUGUGGACAUACUCCUGUUAAUCGAGAACACUAUGUUUAUAUGGACAGAUUGAGGGAAAAUGCAAAAUUGUUGUUCACUGUUGUGAUUGAUGAUAAUGCUGUUAAAACAUUGCUGAAUAAUCAAACAGUGGAUGAGGUCAUUCUUCAUGUUUUGAGAUUAGCCAAAACAUAAGUGUUUUUUGUUUCUGGUAUUUUAUCAUUCAUAACCACUGGGAGAUAGUUGUUUGUAAUAAUUAUUUUUUGACAAUGCACUGUUACUUGUUGCCAGACAAGCUAUGGUUUUAUGGAGUUUCAUUUGAUAUAUCAUAUUUGAUGGAAGAUAGUAUUUUGAUAGUUAUUAAUUGUUAUAUAACUGUUAAAUAAUAGAAAUGAUAAAGGUAUCACAAAAGCCAAAUAAUGUUACCACCAAUGACAAAUACAACUAUGAAUUUUGCAUUUUAUAAUAUCAUUUGUUUGUUGUAUCUGUGCAUUUUCUGAAAGUUCAAAGUUAUUAUAGUAAUUUCUCGAAGUUUUUCAUACUUAUUAUGUUUUAAGAAUUGAGAAAGGUGCUGGCUAUUCUUUGCAAUAGUCAUUAGUGAUAAAAGAGCUUUUCGACCCUAACAUAAUUUUCUAUGAUCAAUUUUGUCUGUUAACGCAAGAAGAACUAUAAAUUUUUAUAAGCCAUUUAAAAAUCAAUGCCAUCUUUAUUUUUAUAGAGCAUCCAUUUGAUUGAUUUUUAAAGGAAAUGAGAUUUGGAUUAACUAACUUGUUAUGUGCCUUAAGAGUUCCUUAAUAUGUUUGGAAUUUGGGGCCGGGAACGGAAAGCUUGUAGGUUGAGUUGUAACCUAAGAUUAAUGGCUUUUAUUCAUGUUAUUGUCAUUUUACAUAUAUGACAAGAUACUAGAUUUGCAUACUUGGACAAUCAUUCAGCUAAAGCUCAUCAUUAAUUUCUUUUGUGGAUUUUAGCUUAUUGUUUUAAUUGAGAAAUAACGUCUCAUAAAUAUUAUAUUUAAUGAAUGAAUGUCUUGUACACUUUAUUUUCCAUCUUUCUUAACCAUAUCAUCAGCUGAGAGUUAAUUAUAAGCUAUUAUAUACUGAAUGUCUCAUUUUAUCCAUUCUCAAAUAUUUUCAUGGUUUAUUAUACAUAAAUCAUGCAUCUGUCUUUCUUUGCAUUUGUAAAUGUUGAAUUACGAUCAAAUUAAACUAAAAGUGACUUGCUAAAAUAAAAAAAGUCCAUUACUAAGAUUAUUACAAUAAAUGCAACAUCAAUUUCUGGUUUCAUUGUACAGAAGAUAUCUAUAUAUUUUUUAAUGAUUACUACAUAUAUAGAAUAGCAGAAAAUCAGAUAUUAGAUUGAAAUUUAGAAAAUUAUUGAUUCUAUUGAAUGAAAAGAGCUGAUGAUUUGUGAAGUAACCAUUACAUUUUUUUUUUAAAUUUACAUUUAAGUAAAGAAGGUCUUUUAACAACAUGUUUUAGAAAAAAAUUAAAUAAAUUUUUGCUAUAUUAGAGAAAUGAUAAAAUACUAUUUAUGAUUAUAUGAAUUUUUCAAAUUUAAAUAUUUUGUGUAAUUGGUAUGGUAUUUAAUCAUGUAUGUAAUUUCAGCAAGGAUAUUUUAAUUUUAAUGGUUUUGUUAUAUGUAUAUUGGAGGUGUAAGGCAUUUACAUUUUAUAAGGGUGAUUUUUAGAAUUUGUUAUAAUAAUCCAUUUAAAAGAAUUAGUACAAAUUGGCACAUUUUUUGCAGUUAAUAUGCAGAACAGCUGCAAAAGUUUGAAUGCUUUUGGAAAUGCUAUUAUUGUGCCAAAUACGAUGUUUUUCUUGUGCCUUUCAUUCAGCAUAUUCUAUAUUAUUGUUGAUUUUCAAAUGCAUGAAUGUGUGUUGACUUAUAAUAAGAAAAACAGUUAUUGUGUAAAGUAUUAUUAAAUUAAUCUUAACUUUUUAAUUUGUAAAUUUGCUAAAAAUAUUAGCUAUUCAUCGGUUUUUUCUAAUGAGAAGUAUUAGAAGAAAAAAUUAAGACAAGCAUUUUUAAAUUUCUUUGUAUGUUUUUACUAUGUUAUCGAAAAAAUUUAAUUCUAAUUAUUUCAUGUAUGAAGUAUGGGUUAACUAUUGUUAUAUUAUUAUUGAUACAAGUAUACUGUGACUCUGACAAAUUGACAGCUGGUCUUAGAUCUCAGAUGAGUUUAUUUGUUAAGAAGAAGGAAGUGUUGAGUGGACACUAGAGAAAUAAUGUUUGUGAUAAAUAUGCUUGUAUUGAUAGUAGUACAAUUUUUUCUUAUUCUUCCUUUUUAAUGUAUCUUUAAUCGCAUACAGUUGGUUGAUUAUUCCUUAAUAUAUCUUUGAUAAAGGCUUUUAUUUUCGGAAUAAUAUUAAUGAUCUCUAAUGUAAAGAGCUGAAUAUUAUUAAUAAUGUAUGAAAAAUUCAUUUAAAGUAGAGCUAGUUCUGCAAGAACUGCUAUUGAUAAAUUUGUUAUGAAGUAAUAAAUUGCAUUCAUAUCUAACUUUGAGUCAUGUUGAGCUUCCAUGAAAUUAGACUCAUCUGAUAUUAUGCAAUUCUUGCAUCACAUCUUCCAUCAUGUCAGAGCCAAGUUAUAUUUUUAUUCUUUGUAUAUAAAUUUUUCAAUUUUUUUAAUAUGUUUUCUUUGAAUAAUUUUGAAUUGGUACAUUAUUUUACUUUAUUUAUAUUAAUCCUAAGGGUACACAUUUAUUUGAAAAAUGUUUUGGCAUUUUAAACAUUUAAUUUGGGAGGUUUGUAAAAGCAGUAAAUUUUAAUGUGAGCAUUCAUUUAUUUCAUAAUACUCAUGAUUUGUACUCUUAAAAUAAAUUAAAGCAAUUGGUAUUUCAAGGAAAUUGAAAUAUAAAUUCAAGCAAUUGUGUGAUGUUCUAUCACGUUAAAUGUACCAAGGUUAAAAGUUAUAUUAAUAAGUAAUGGCCAAAAAUAUUUGAUGUAUAAUUUGUCUUUUAGAAUAUUUUUAUAUUUCUUAUAUUAAUUUAGCAGUGUAUGUUUAAAUUAUUAUAUAGUGAGACUUGAUUACUUGAAUUUUACAUUAAUUGCCUUAAUAUACAUAUAUGCUCUUUUUAUCUUAUAUAUUUUAUAAAAUAAAAUAUAUUAAUAGAAUUUUAUAUCUUUAAAAGGGUUAUUUUAUUGGGUGGAAAAAUAUCCAUAUUUAAAAAAUUUUGACUGGUUGCAUAGUAAUGAAUUAUGGAUUCAAGUUACUGUGACUGAGUAAAGAAGUAUUGAUUGUGAUAUGAAAUUUUGUUAAUUGCAAUGAUACAAUUUUUGUGCUACAAUAGGUGGGAGAGUUCAUGCAUUAAUGGGAAAUGUCAUUAAGUGCCUUUAUUGAUAUGAAAGAAGAAUUUGGAAAGAGCUUUAAAAAAUUACUAAUUCAUAAAUUUUUUAUAUUAAUAUACAUUGAAAAUUCUGAGCUAUUUAUUAUAUAUUUCUACAUAUUAGCUGAUAUGUAAUCUCUUAAAGUAUUUUUGUAUUUGUGAGAAAUUUUAGAAAUAGCUGGAUAAAUGUUUUUGGAAUUCUUUCAUUAUUAAUGUUAAAUGUUUUUUACAAAUAAACAAAUUAUUUUAAAAUGUUGAAAUUAUGCUUCUAAACUCUAAUAUUUUUUUUUACAGUAGUUAUUAUCUAUACUUUUGAAAUGCAAAUUUUUUGAAGGGAAAUAUUAACAUUUUGAAAUUUUUAUAAACAUAUCAAGCUAUUGCUGAAUAUUUUUCUACUGCAACUAUAAAUGUACAAAGUGAAUACUUUGAUUGGUUUCAAAGUAAAUAAAUACUUAGAUUUUUUUUUAGUGUUUAAUGAAUGUGUUUUUCGUUGAUGUGUUGUUUUUAAAGGGGAUGAAUCAUUUGGUUUUGGGAUAAAUACUGUAUGAAGUUUAGCUAGAACUGUAUAUUAAAACUGUGUUUGUUAAUGAAAAGUACAUGAAAGCUAUAAUUGUUUUGUAUUUGUUUGUUAAUGAAAAGUACAUGAAAGCUAUAAUUGUUUUGUAUUUGUUUGUUAAUGAAAAGUACAUGAAAGCUAUAAUUGUUUUGUAUUUGUUGGUAGCAAUUUAUGAUGUCAUUUGUGUGUAAUUCUGUCUGGAAGAUUGAGUUUAAAAAUGUCUCUUGUUCUAACAAUUUAUGUUUUCAUUUGGACUGCAUCAUAAGUUGCUGUAAAAAUUCAUUGAAAUUUUCAAUCUGUUUUUUUUUUUUUUUUUUUUCCCUUGACUUGUAAAAACAUGAAAUAUUUUAAUAUUCCCCAAAUAAUCUUUAUGCAUACUAUGUAAUACUAUUUUUAUUAUCCUUUUUUUUUAUCAUAAAGUAAAGGAAAAGACAUCUUUUGUAUAUUGCUGUAUUGUUCACUUUGAAAAAGUGUAUUACAAUACAAAAUGUCCCAUCUUUGAUGAGAAGAUUUCAGAUAAGGAUUUUUCUUUGAAAAAAUAUUACGAUUUCAGUAUUCACUAUGAACAGGUGCAUAUCAGUGAAUGCAGUAAUUUUGAUACACCUAGAUAAGCAAAUUACAAAUGCUUCUCUUGUAAAUUUCCAGUUUUUCAUAUUGUGGUGAAGUCUUCUUUAAAGUAAAGAAGUUAGUAAAAAAAAAAAAAAAAACAUAGUUACGAAAAUGUAUGUUUCAUAAUUUGCGAACAUUAAAGAGAAUCUCCCAAUUAUAUUUUUUCAUGUGAUGUGUUUUUUUAUAUAAAAGAUGUAUUUUAACUAAGAGAAAAAAAUAAUACAAAUCCAUUUUUAUGUAUCUUUGAUGAAAGGAGAAAGUACAUUUUUGAUACUGCAUUUUAUACAUUCUGCCAAAUAAUUAUAUCUUAGUGCCUUAUGUAAUUAAUUGUUAAUAUAAGAAUGUGAUAUUUAGAUUUAUGCGGUUUUAAAAAUGAGGUUAAAAAUAAUUAUCCUGAUUAACCAAAUAUAAUUCUCAUAUUGCUAUUUAUUAAUUAUUGAUUUCAUUUGGAUAUUCAUUUUCAAAUUAUCAGAUUUAUUUUAAUAUGUAGUAAGAAUUAUUAACAAUACCUUAAAACUAAAAGGUUUAAUUUGUAAUAGCUAAAUUUAUUAUUAAAUUAAAUUAGCUAAUGAAUACUAUUCAUAGAAGUUAAUUGUUUUAAUGUAGAAUUCUUGUCUCAGUGGCCUCUGAUAAAAGGAAACAGAUAUUUCAUAUAAAUGAUGAAAAUCAUUUUUAUUUCAU